AUGCCUUCUAAAUCUCUCACUUUCUUACAGCAAAGCACAACAAAUGGGCAGGGGUGUCUUUAUGAGCGCAGUCCUGCAUGGCGCUCUCAGCCCACCAUACUAGUAUCUGUAGAACUCCAACAUGCUCCUGGUAAAGAGCACUCUCCAGAUGCUGGCACAUUCAAGCAAGGCUCCAGACCCUCAGAAAGUUUGUUAAGAAGCAGCAAGUCUUGCACUUCAGGGGAGUCAGUUUCAAGCCUAGAGCCAAAACUUCGCUUCCUGUUAAAGUCGAAGUCGAAGUUGCUGAAGCCACAAGCUUUGGGCCCAAAAGAUGAUCUCUGCCAGUGUAUUAUCACCACCAUUCGGAAGGGUGGCAAGGGUCCCGAACAUGAGGCAUUUUCAGAUGUGUCAGAGAAUGAUUAUCAUUUUAUUCUGGAUGCAAUUCAAUUUGAUGACCAUUUAGCUCGCAAACUAUCAUACGUCCCUCGUCUCCAACAACUCUUCGUCAACCUGCCGACCCCAGUCCACAAAUCGAUCCUAGCGCCCCUGCACACUGCAAUGGGAGACAUUAUACAGUCCAUACCUCUUCCAUCUGUACUACAUACUGCACUCCACACUCACAUGAAUAUGAUGGUCGAGAAGGACGAAGAUAAUGAAGAUGAUGAAGACACACGUAACCUCAGCAUUCCUGAUAUACUCGUUCAACACGAGACACAAGAUGCCGAGUGCAAUCUGCUGUGGCCCUUCGAGAUAUCCUUCUCGCAAUCUUCUGAGGCAGCCAAAGCAAAGAUCCAACUCUUUGCGAACAAGAACCCUCACGUCGAGGGUGGCACCCACUUCCACAUCACUGAGGCACAAACGCACAAGUUGCCACACGAUGAGUGGGUGAUUGAGCAGGAGUUGGAUAAAAAGAAAGUUGGGCGCAUCAAACAGGUCGAUGGGAGUGCAGGUGGUGACGGAAUCUCAUCUUGCUCGCACAUUUGGCUACAACCCCUCAAGGUAACCAUUACCACGUGGCUCCACCCCCCAAAUGGACGGUUGAAGACUACUAACCGUAGAGUGCAGUAUUAUGCCAGUGCAGUUCUCUUCCCACAACAAGACACUGCUGGACUUCAAAACGUCCAGCGUUUAUUCAGGCGUACCCUUGAAAUAAUUUGUGACUCAACGGUAUGGCAUCUGGAGGUGGAGCAUCCUUCACGCCACAAUGACCCCCUCAUCGCCUUAAUCAAACCCCUCAAGCAAUGGACUGUUCCAGACACUGUGGUUGUUUGGGACACAUGUGUCGAUGGCUUGGAGAUAGCCACUAAGCAAACAGCAUACAGGAGGUAUCAUAAGUGGCAUGAAAGCUUUCUCAAGCGCACCAUCGAUGAGGUCGAGGGUGCUGAGCAUGCGUGGGCUAACAAGCAAGGGAGUACUACUGUGACAGACAUGGUAUUUGUUUUGCGUCCAACUUAUGCCAGUGGCAACUUCAUUUUCCAAGUUUUCCCACUGCUUGGUUAG